AUGACCGGUCGAGGACGUUCAAAUCAGACAGCCCGCCCGAUCAAUCCUCCUGACCCCAGCCUGGCAACAAGGCCAGUCCCUGAGAUGCGACAUUAUGCCUUCACAUCAUUUGGCCCAGCCGCUACUGGAGACGCCCCAGUGACACCUAUACAAGAGCUUGAGCGUCAAGCAGACUAUGCAACUUUUCCUGGGGAUGUGGAUUUGUAUAGCGUCACAAUGGAUGUCAUCCUAAACCUUUUAAAAGAAACUGAAGCAUGGCAAUCUAUUGAAAAUGAUCCUACCUGGGGCUACUAUGUCUUUGUUAUAGCGUACUCUGACAAUGCACGGACUAAAUUAUUCCAGGCAAUGGCUAACUGGGUUAAAGUGGUUGAGAGGUGCCUUACUAUUGAAACACUCCCCAUCUAUACAGCCGAGGCACUUCGUCGUUUCAAAUUCAAUCUUAUUCAGGACCAGGAUACUCUAGAUGGCGCAUCUAUAGAUCGAGUACGCGCUGAAUUCCGGGCGCAGAUCAGGGGCCUAUGCCUGCGCGAAAAGAACGGUGAUGAUGAAGAUCAAGAGAAUCCUAUAUCUGCUUUUCUCCCGCCCGCCCGCAACCUGGCUUGUUUUAUACUGGAUGAGGCUGCCAUUGACAUGCUGGCUGGUAUUAGCAAUAUCCCAGAUAAUCUUCUAGAGUUUUUGCAGGUUUUUAAAAACAAGACCAUCACUGUUGUGGAUGGCUUCUGGGAUCCAUCAAGACAGAAUCCCUGGGAGAGCUAUCGGGGAGUCGGCCAGCUGGCUCUAUCAGGGCUGGUGGAGUUCUACACGGAUGUGACAAGGAGUGCCAAUGCAGGUGCCAUGGCGGAUCUUCAUCCUAUUAAUGGCUAA